UUUCGCUACACCUAACCGCCUAACAUUCUGUCAAUAUGUAAGCUUAUGACUUACUAGAAUUAUGACAUACUUGGCUUUAUGUGAUGCAUUUUCUUGCAUUGAGCUUCUCUUGUAUCAGAACAGUCAAAAGUUCUUAUGGCAAGAAAUAAUUCUGGAAUUUGUGUUGGAUAUUGUUGUAUUGUAUACAACUUAAAAUUAUAAACUUGAUAUAUAAUGAAUAUUGGCUGUUGAGAAAUUAGAUUUUUUUUUCUUAGUUUUGUGAUUUGACCUCUUGACAUUAUUACUUUUUGUUAUGAUACUUUCUUUGAUGUGCUAGAUAUUGACAUACUGUUAGAUCUAUGUUAAUAUUUAGAAAUAUUGUCAUAUAUCUGAAAAACUUGUCAAAGUUUCACAUUAUAUGUAUACUAUAUUCCUCAUAUUAGUCUAGUAGGACUAUUAUUUCAGCCAGUUGUCAAGAUCAAAGACUUUUCCACAAUUAAGUUGGCAUACCAACUAUCUGACCGUAUAGGAUUGAAGCUACAUCAAUCCCUUCACCGGAGUAUGUAUCCUGAUCCAAGUGAUACUUUGUGGAAGUAUUUAAAAAAAAAAAAAAAAAUUCUGCUUGAGCUGUAGUGAGGUUUCAAAGAUAGCAAAGUUGAAGGGAAAAAAAGGCUAGAGAAAAUAUAAGGGGAGAAAGAAAUGGCUGAAGUCAUAGUGUCAGAUGUUGUUCUAAAAUCAGCUCAUGAAAAGAUCGCCCUGUACUUUGGUGGGAGAAAUAAGGUCGAAGAGCUUCAGAAAACAAUGAUGAUGAUCCAAGCUCGGGUUCUUGAUGCGGAGAGGCGAGGGGAAGGAGAGAGUGGAGCUCUUGUAAAGUUGUGGCUGAAAAGACUGAAAAAUGUUCUCUACCAAAUGGAGGAUUUGUUUGAAGAGGUUGCAAUAGCUGAUAAAGAGACUGAGCUGAUUGCUGCGGGUAAGCUGACUAAACCGCUACACAAUUUGUUUUCAAAGUUAAGUCCUUUUAGCCAUUUCAGGAAUAGCAAAGUUGCUUAUGAGGUUAAGGCUGUUAUGAAGGAGUUUAAAAUCAUAACUUCAGAAAUGCAAAGCCUUAAUCUCGGGGUGUGUUCUGUUGACGAACAACCUUCAGUUAGUUUGUCUAAAAAGGAACGUACCUGUUCUUUCAUCAUGGAGGAAGAGGUAGUUGGUAGAGAUGAAGAUAAAAAAGCACUUAUAGAUAUGGUUUUAGACAUUGAUGAUGUUGAGGGAAGAUAUUCUGUGAUCCCAAUUGUUGGGAUUGGUGGUUUAGGGAAAACAACUCUUGCUCAGCUUGUUUAUAAUGACAAAAAUGUUCAAAAACAAUUUGAGCUGAGGGGUUGGGCUUGUGUGUCCGAUGUUGUUACUAUUGAAGAGUUUGCACGAAAAAUUCUUAGCUCGGUCACUGGUAGUGAUUGUCAACAUUUGAGUAUGGAAGAACUUCAGAUCCGCCUUCAGAAUUCUGUCAAUGAUAAGAAAUACUUGCUUGUAUUAGAUGAUGUAUGGGACGAGGAUCGUGAGAGGUGGCUUUCUCUGAAGCGCCUUCUGUGUGGUGGUAAACAAGGAAGCAGAAUAAUUGUAACCUGUAGGUCUAGGGUAGUGGCUCUUAAUAUGGGCACUGUUGUACCCUAUGAAUUGAAAGGCCUGUCUGAGGAGAAGUCUUGGGAGUUGUUUAGAAACCUAGUAUUCAAGCAAGGACAAGAGCAUAGAAAUCCAAACUUGACAAGCAUAGGCAGAGAGAUAGUUAAAAGAUGUGCUGAUGUUCCACUUGUCAUACGGACUAUAGCUGGCCUUCUUUAUUCUAAAGAUGCUGAGAUAGAAUGGAAGAUUUUCAACGAUAAGGAGCUGAGGAUGAUAAAACAGAAUGAAGAUAGUAUUAUGUCAACUUUGAAGCUAAGCUAUGAUCACUUGCCUUCACACUUAAAGCAAUGCUUUGCAUACUGCUCUGUCUUUCCCAAGGAUUAUGUGUUGAGGAAACAGCAUCUGAUUGAUCUUUGGAUGGCGCAAGGAUUCAUUAUGUCAUCAUAUGGUGGUGAAAGUGCUACGGAUGUUGGUGAUGUAUAUCUUAUGGAUCUUUUGAGAAGAUCUUUUUUACUAGAGGAUGUUAGAGGUGAGGAUGGUGAUAUAAUCAGCUGUAAAAUGCAUGAUUUGAUGCAUGACUUGGCACAAUAUGUGGCUGGAGAACACACUGCUGUCCUAGCUGGAUCAAAACUACAGAUAAAUGACAGCAUAAGGCAUGCAAGCUUUAUUGUGGGCUCCUCUUGGGAAGUUCCAUCUUCUUUGCUUUCUACCAAGCAAAUGCGAUCUGUUCUUCUCUUAUCACAUACUACAUUGCUAAAUCUCAAUGAAAUGUUUUCCAAGUUGAGGUGUUUACGUGCAUUAGAUUUGUUUAAGGCUGAUUGUGAAUGUCUUCCGAGCUCCAUAGGGAAGCUGGUGCACCUAAGGUAUCUUAGACUUGGCUGUUCCAUUUUAUUUCUUUCUGAGGCCAUCACAAUGCUACAGAACUUGCAGACUUUGGAUAUUCGGGCAUGUAAGUUGCUUAGGGAAUUUCCAAAUGGCUUCAACAAAUUAACCAAUCUAAGAAACUUGUAUAAUUAUAAAAUUGGAUUGAAUGAUAUGCCAUCUAGAUUUGGGCUGUUAACAUCUCUCUGCACAUUAGAUAAAUUUGUAGUGGGCGAAAGUAACGGUCUAGAUGCUCUGGCUUGCUUGAACAAUCUUUUUGGACGAUUGGUGAUCCAUCAAGUAAAAUAUCGUAGAGAAGCUGUAUCUGAGGCAAUGGUGGCCAAUUUAAAGGGUAAGAAGCUUGUUGACCUAGUAUUAAGAUGGUCAUCUGUAUAUGGAGAUUCAACUAAUCGUGCUGAUGAGGAUGAAGAGACCUUGGUGCUAGAGUACAUGCAACCUCCUCCGACUCUUAAAAGGCUACAUGUGAUGGAUUGGACAGGAGUGACAUUUCCAAGGUGGGGGAUUGACGAGUCCCCUUGCAUACUCCCUAACCUUGUUUCUUUGUGCAUUCAAUUUUGCCACCGAUGCAAAUGUCUCCCUCCCAUGAGUCAACUGCCUCAUCUCAGGUUUCUUGAACUUGCUUACCUUGAAGUAUUAGAAUAUGUAGAUUUUGACGACAAUGAUAUCCCUUCUGCUGCAGCAUACUUCCCAUCCCUAGAACGUCUGGAGUUGCAGAAUCUGUGCAAGCUGAAGGGAUGGUCAAGAUUACAAAUGAAGGCUGAUGUACAUCAACAAAGACAUGACUGGAAUCAGCAAUACUUUUCGACGCAGCGAGUUUUUCCCCGUCUUUCGUGGCUUAGAAUAUACAGUUGCCCGAAGCUGAGGUCAUUGCCUCUGGUGCCAAGACUCGAGUCUUUGGAGGCAUAUGGCAUCCACGGAACUCUGCUAAAGCAUCUCUUGUGUGGAGAGGAUCCAUUAGGAACAUUGUCAAAACCUUGUUCUGCAACUCCUUUCACAUUAAAGAAGCUGGACAUUGAAUCUGUUCAUGAACUGGAUUCAUUCACAAUAAAUAUUUGUUCACUGGAGUCAUUUUCAAUUAAGGGAUGCCAUGAAUUGACCAAUUUAGUGGCUGAAUCUCCAUCAUCUCUCAGGCAACUUAUAAUCAGUGAUUGUGGGAGACUGAGAGACAUAACUGGUGCAUUACAGCGUCUCUCUUCCCUUGAGGAUUUGAAGCUUUGGCACUGUGAAAAAGUGGAUUUGUGGGAUGUCAAGAAUGAUGAUGAUGGUGAAGAUGAAGCUAGUAGUGGCAGGCCGUUUUCUUUGCAAAGCCUGAAGUGCCUUAGCUCCUUGAGCUUGUAUUCAAUCUCAAAACUGAAAUAUCUUCCUAGGAGCCUAAGCUAUGUCACAAGUCUUCAAGAAAUUUACAUUGAUGAGCUCUCUGAAUUAAGGGGCCUACCAGAAUGGUUUGGCAACUUAACCCGGCUCCGGCGGUUGUCAAUAAGGAAUUGCCAUAACUUGGUGGCGCUCCCAGAAUCUUUUCGUGAACUUACUGCAUUACAAGAGCUUAAUAUUUGGAAAUGUCCAGAACUUGAGAAAAGGUGUGAAUGGCCAGAUGGCCAAGACCGGUCGCUUAUACCAUCCACUGUGUCCAUAUGUCGGUAUUGAGACAUCGCAGGGGCAUUUUAGCUUCCUGGAUUAGAAAAACCAUAUUAUCAUUCUGGGUUAAUUCACACAAAGGUUAAGGUGCUAUGCAUGGAGUACAAGGCAAGAAGAAUGUUGGUGAAUUGUCCACAGCCACACAGCCAACAACUAACCAAUGUUAGGCUAGAGUUUUAUAUCUGAAUCUACAAAUGAUGACAGCAUAUCUUAGUGGCUUAAAUAACAGCACUUCAUGGCCUGUAAUAGCAGAGCAAAAACAGAAUAAUGAAGUGGGAGAUUUAUUUGCGCAGCAUCCAAUUGUUACAGUUUACAUGACAGUUCAGGUAAUUAAUUGAUACUGUAAACCAGAAUCAAGCAAGAAUGCUACCAGAAUCAAGCAAGAAUCAUGCAAUGUGCAAGUAGAUGCCUCGUAGAAAUUUCCCAACAAUAAGUUUAUUAUACUACUAGCUGACGCGAUUGGAGUGUUUGUCAUUGGGUUGAUCUCUAGCAACGAUGGAGCUUCACCUGAGACGGUUAAGCUAUUCGCAUUUUGGCC